CUCUGGUCUGGGGAGGGGGCGGGGUACGGCGUUUUACGACAACGUGCGGCAGCGCGGCGUGACUGACGGCAGCGCCGCGCUGCUCUCGGAGAGAGGUCACUCCGGAGACGGCGUUGGCUUUGGGCUGUGGGGUCGCUGACACUAUGUGGCGCGUCUGUGCGCGACGGGCCCAGCGUGCUGCCCCCGGGGCAGGGUUCCAAGCUGGACUGACGGCCCUGAAGGAGGGCUCCGGAGUUGCGUGCCCGACGCCUCGGGCUGGCCCGGUUCCGGUUCGGUGCAGGAGCGCGGCCGCUCGGUAUGGCGGGGUGCGGGCGCUGUGUGGCUGGAGCCCCAGCUCCAAGGUCUCCUCGCCGAGUCGCUUCCUGCUGCAGCUGUUGGGGCCGUCAAGCCGCCGCAGCUACAGUCUCCCCCCGCACCAGAAGGUUCCAUUGCCCUCUCUUUCCCCCACCAUGCAGGCAGGCACCAUAGCCCGGUGGGAAAAAAGGGAAGGGGAAAAAAUCAAUGAGGGUGAACUAAUUGCAGAGGUGGAAACUGAUAAAGCCACUGUUGGAUUUGAGAGCAUGGAGGAGUGUUAUAUGGCAAAAAUACUUGUUGCUGAAGGUACCAGAGAUGUUCCAGUUGGAUCCAUCAUCUGUAUCACAGUUGACAAGCCUGAGGAUAUUGAGGCCUUUAAAAAUUAUACAUUGGAUUCCUCGGCAGCACCCACCCCACAAGCAGCCUCAGCACCAGCCCCUGCUGUCGCUGCUUCGCCUCCUACACCUUCUGCUCAGGCUCCUGGUAGCUCAUAUCCCACUCACAUGCAGGUGGUUCUUCCUGCUCUCUCUCCCACAAUGACCAUGGGCACAGUUCAGAGAUGGGAAAAAAAAGUGGGUGAGAAGUUAAGUGAAGGAGACUUACUGGCAGAGAUAGAGACUGACAAGGCCACAAUUGGUUUUGAAGUUCAGGAGGAAGGUUACCUGGCAAAAAUCCUGAUCCCUGAAGGCACAAGAGAUGUCCCUCUUGGAACCCCACUUUGUAUCAUUGUGGAAAAAGAGGCGGAUAUACCAGCAUUUGCUGAUUAUAGGCCAACUGGAGUAACUGAUUUAAAACCAUCAGUACCACCCCCUAUACCACCCUCGGUGCCCUCUGUUCCUCCAACUUCCCAACCCACAGCCCCAACACCUUCACCUAGCCGCCCAGCUGCUCCUGCUGGACCAAAAGGAAGGUUGUUUGUUAGUCCUCUUGCAAAGAAGUUGGCAGCAGAGAAAGGAAUUGAUCUUACACAAGUAAAAGGGACGGGACCAGAUGGUAGAAUCAUCAAGAAGGACAUUGACUCUUUUGUGCCUACGAAAGCUGCUGCUCCUGCUCCAGCAGCUGCUGUGCCUCCCCCAGCUCCAGGAGUGGCACCAGUUCCUACAGGUGUCUUCACAGAUAUCCCAGUCAGCAACAUUCGUCGUGUUAUUGCACAGCGGUUAAUGCAAUCUAAGCAAACCAUACCUCAUUAUUACCUUUCUGUUGAUGUAAAUAUGGGAGAAGUUUUGUUGGUACGGAAAGAACUUAAUAAGAUGUUAGAAGGAAAAAGCAAAGUUUCUGUCAAUGACUUCAUCAUUAAAGCUUCAGCUUUGGCAUGUUUAAAAGUACCGGAAGCAAAUUCUUCUUGGCUGGACACAGUUAUAAGACAAAAUCAUGUUGUUGAUAUCAGCGUUGCAGUCAGUACCCCUGCAGGACUCAUCACUCCCAUUGUAUUUAAUGCACAUAUAAAAGGACUGGAAGCUAUUGCUAAUGAUGUUGUUUCUUUAGCAACCAAAGCACGAGAGGGGAAACUUCAACCACAUGAAUUCCAGGGUGGCACUUUUACAAUUUCCAAUUUAGGAAUGUUUGGAAUUAAGAAUUUCUCAGCUAUUAUUAACCCACCUCAAGCAUGUAUAUUGGCAAUUGGAGCUUCAGAAGAUAGACUGGUUCCAGCAGAUAAUGAAAAAGGAUUUGAUGUGGCUAGCAUGAUGUCUGUUACACUCAGCUGCGAUCAUCGGGUUGUGGAUGGAGCAGUUGGAGCACAGUGGCUUGCUGAGUUUAGAAAGUACCUUGAAAAGCCCAUCACCAUGUUGUUAUAAUUAACUCAAGAAUUUCUAGACACUCCCAGACCACAUUAGGUCAUUGUUAUCAAGAUAUUUAUGUUAUUACGCAGGUAAUUUGUUUUUCUAAAUUAACCAGUUUACUUUUUAGUCUGUCCAGAUGAAUUAUUUGUGAUGGGCAUUACUGAACUUUUUAAUGCCAAUUACAAACAGAUAUUGUGUACAUUUAAUAAACACCAGUUGGUAAGCUGUGUAUUUCUAGUUGAUGGACAUGUAUGUAACUUGCCAUUUUGGCAAUAAGUAGUUCCAGUGGUUCCCUGAUGAAACAGGUACACGAAAGUAAUGAAAACAUAACACUUUAAUCUUUAAUUGCCUCAAUUAUUUUGUCUAAAUUUGAGAAGAAAACAAAUCAGGAAAGUUAGAUCUCUUAUAGAAAGGGUAUGUUUUAGAAUUUAUCCACAGUAUAAGACUUUCUAUGUGAGCUAUUGUUGGUCAGCCUUUUUUUUUUUGUUUUGUUAUGGAUGAUAGAAAAAUAAGUGAAAUGUUAAGUCAACAUCUUUCAUCAGUCAACUGUUCUUUAUUUUUCUAUGAACUCCUAAAUGGUUGCUUUUCCCCCUUGAGAUGAACAUAUAAAUAUAAACUAGCUACUUGGUAUAAAUGAAAAUUUGUGUGGGUAUUUAUUUAAAUACUUAAGUGUACAGUUAUAUGCAUUACACUGUAUAAUUACACUGUAAUUAUACAGUUGUCUCUAAGUAAAAGAUUGUACUUACAGAAUUUAACAGAGAUAAGUUGUGAAAGUAGAAUUUGCAAAUGACUUUAUCAGAAAUUAUUACCCAAAUGACGCUGGAAAACCCUAUCAAGUAAUUAUGGUGUGAGUGUGUAUAUGUAAAAAAUAUAAAUACAUAGUGUUGGGUUCCAUGGUGUCAGGUGUGUGCCAGAGUUUUCUGUCACAAAAAAACGGGGGGACUAGAUAAAUUGGUGAACCGUUUGGAGUGCUGAAGAUGAUGAUCAAAACAAAGUAGUCAUUCUGCUUCGAUAAAGGGAAGGAUAUUGAAUGUGUGCAAAAAAGUGUCCUAUCUUCUACCACAGCUGAAUCUUAAAGCCCUAAAAAUCUGAUUGGAGAGAAAAAAAAACAAACUCUAGUUUGAAAUCUAAACUGUUAUUUCCCUUUUUGUUAAUAGGAGCUUCUUCUGUUAGGUAAGGAGAAAAUGAUACUUAGGAUUAUAUAAAAAAUUAAUAUCACGUUCUAGAUUUCCUAUUGUAUUUGGUUUCAAUGUGCCUAUUUUUAAAGGCUUUGUGCAUGGAUGAUACUCUAAAGUGUCCUCCUAGUCCCAUUGUUUCAUUUAUUUAUUUAUUUAUUUAUUUAUUUUUGCCUCUAGGGUUAUUGCUGGGGCUUGGUACCUGUACUGUGAAUCAAUCCAUUGCUCCUGGAGGCCUUUUUUUUUUUCCUUCCAUUUUGUUGCCCUUGUUAUUGCUGCCAUUGAUGAUGAUGUGUUGGAUAGGACAGAGAGAAAUCAAGAGAGGAGGGGAGACAGAGGGGGAGAAAAAGACACCUGCAGACCUGUUUCACUGCACAUGAAGAGACCCCUCCUGCAGGUGGGGUGCUGGGGGCUCAAACUGGGAUCCUUAUGCCGGUCUGUGCGCUGUGUGCCAUGUGCGCUCAACACGCUGUGCUACUGCCCGACCCCAUUUCAUUCUUUUUAUUUAGAGAGGGGAAAGAGAUACAUAGCAUCACUCUACCUUCCAUGGAACUCCCCCUGUCAUCCAUGGUGCUUCCAUGUGGUGCCAGGGCCCAAACCCAGGACCCUACUCCUUCAAGGUGCAUGUUUUACUGGAUAUUUUAUGACUCCAUGAAUUGAUAUUUUAUUAAAUACGUGAGUAAUUUAUUUAUGAUAUAAAAUGAGUAUGAACAGUGCUUCCUUAUAUAUGUAAUAUGUGAUGCUAUCCCUUGAAACGUAGGUCUUUCAGUGUUAAAUCUACUUCUAAAUGUUUAUUAUUACAUGGUGCAUAAGUAACACUCCAUAUAUUCCAGAUAUUCCCUUUGUUGUACUAUCAAAGAAGCUAUCCAAAUUAUUUAUUUUUAUCAGCAAUUUUGAUUAAAUUUAAGAUUAAGCAGAAAGGACUAGUUCAUCACAGGGGACCAUCAGUAUGAGCCAUAUCUGGUUCAAAUAUAUAAAAUCUCGAAAGAUUAUUCAUUCUUUGCUAAUGCUUAUGGCUGUUAUUCCCUUCAAAGAAUAAUAAAAGUUGCCUUCUAAUAAAAAUUGUUCUGAGUUAAAAUUUAAUUUGAGCUAUAAUCUGGAGUCAGCCUAUUUUCUCGUCAGAACUGAAAGAAAAAAAGUGUUAUUUCAUCAUAUUGUUUAAAAUUAAACUAUAUGUUGUCAAG